AUGCACCACCUUAAGCUCGUGCACAACAUGAGGGCGCAGAGUGACCCGUGGUUUGCGGAAUAUCUACUGCGCAUUGGUGGUGACACGAAGGAGGUUAACGGAGAUGGUGAUGUAUGUCUUCCUGACGAUAUAUGUGUCCCAUACUUUGGGGAUUCUGAGAAAGAUCUUGACAUGUUGAUUGAAUGCAUCUUUCCAAACCUCAAUGCAAACAUGACAAGCAAGGACUACAUCACCUCCAGAGCGAUUCUAUCUACACGUAAUGAUUGGGUGGACAAUAUUAAUAUCAAGAUGAUCGGCAUGUUCCAGGGUGGGGAGAUGGUGUACCAUAGUUUCGACUCCGCGAUUGAUGAUCCGCAUAACUACUAUCCAUCAGAGUUCCUUAACACAUUGACUCCCAACGGGCUUCCUCCACAUUUGCUAAAGCUCAAGAUCAGCUGCCCGGUCAUAUUGCUUAGGAAUAUCGACCCUGCGAAUGGAUUGUGCAAUGGUACAAGGUUGGUGGUUCGAGGCUUCCAAAAAAAUUCAAUCGAUGCUGAAAUUGUGCUAGGACAACAUGCCGGAAAGAGGGUUUUCCUUCCUUGA